UACAAGGUAGUGGUCGGAGACUUGGAGGGGAGUUGCAAUGAGGUUAGUGGAAGAACAGCAUCUAGUAAAGAUGAGGUCGAGCGUAUUGCCUGCCUUGUGAGUAGGGGGAAGGUGAGAGGGAGAGGUCAAAAGAGGAGAGGAGUGGAAAGAAGGAGGCAGAGAGGAAUGAGUCAAAGGUAGACGUGGGGAGUUUAAAGUCGCCCAGAACUGUGAGAGGUGAGCCGUCCUCAGGAAAGGAGCUUAUCAAGGCAUCAAGCUCAUUGAUGAACUCUCCGAGGGAACCUGGAGGGCGAUAAAUGAUAAGGAUGUUAAGCUUGAAAGGGCUGGUAACUGUGACAGCAUGGAAUUCAAAGGAGGCGAUAGACAGAUGGGUAAGGGGAGAAAGAGAGAAUGACCACUUGGGAGAGAUGAGGAUCCCGGUGCCACCACCCCGCUGACCAGAAGCUCUCGGGGUGUGCGAGAACACGUGGGCGGACGAAGAGAGAGCAGUAGGAGUAGCAGUGUUAUCUGUGGUGAUCCAUGUUUCCGUCAGUGCCAAGAAGUCGAGGGACUGGAGGGAGGCAUAGGCUGAGAUGAACUCUGCCUUGUUGGCCGCAGAUCGGCAGUUCCAGAGGCUACCGGAGACCUGGAACUCCACGUGGGUCGUGACCAUCCAAGGGGCGACUCGGGUCAACGCCUGUCGCUACCAGUGCACUGCCAACAACAACAUAGCGCCCCCUGCCAGCGUGGCAGUCCAGCUGGUGGUGCGCUGUGGGUCUAACGAGCUCUACCAAGGUCUAUCAAUCAUGUCGUGUGAAUACAUCAUGGGUGCAACGGAGUGGAAAAGCGUUGUGGGUGUCUUUGUUUGUGUGGCACCGUUAACUAUUUCUAUGCACAUCUGUAUGCAUUUGCAUGUAUUUCAUGUUUCUGUCUAUCUAUUUCUGUUUGUACAUGUACAAUAUGAACAUCUCUGGCUGUGUGUUUGUCCUUUCCUGUGUAGUUAAGCUGGAGCUCCAGAAGGGGGCUCAGUGGAAUAAGGUGGCGAGCAGAGGGGAUAGCACCAGAACAGCAGAGGUGGUGUGCCAGGGAGAGGGAAUCCCGCAGCUCCACUUCUCUGGGCUUCUCCUGCCUGCCCUAUAGCCAUAUUGGCUGACUGGCGGCUCUGGUGGCUCAGGACAGACUGGCGGCUCUGGCGGGUCAGGACAGACUGGCGGCUCUGGCGGCUCAGGACAGACUGGCGGCUCUGGCGGCUCAGGACAGACGGGAGACUCUGGCGGCUCAGGACAGACGGGAGACUCUGGCGGCUCAGGACAGACGGGAGACUCUGGCGGCUCAGGACAGACGGGAGACUCUGGCGGCUCAGGACAGACGGGAGACUCUGACAGCGCUGGGCAGGAGGAAAGCUCUGGCAGCGCUGGACAUACGGGAGCACCUGUAGGGAGAAGACGGAGAGACAGCCUGUUGCGGGGGGCUGCCACCGGAGGGCUGGUGCUUGCAGGUGGCACCGGAUAGACCGGACCGUGCAGUCACACUGGAGUUCUUGAGCACCGAGCCUGCCCAACCUUACCUGGUUGAAUGCUCUCCAUAGCCAGGCCAGUGUGGCGAGGUGGAAUAGCCCGCACUGGGCUGUGCUGUCGAACCGGGGACACCAUGCGUAAGGCUAGUGAAUGUACGCCGGCCCUGGGAGACGCACUGGAGACCAGAUGCGUAGAGCCGGGUUCAUGGCACUUGGCUCGAUGCCCACUCUAGCCCGGCCGAUACGCGGAGCUGGAAUGUACCGCACCGGGCUAUGCACCCGCACUGGGGACACCGUGUGCUCCACCGCAUAACACAGUGCCUGCCCGGUCUCUCUCGCCCUCUGGUAAGCACAGGAAAUUGGCUCAGGUCUCCUACAUGGCUUCGCCACACCUCCUGUGUGCCCCCCUCCAAGAAAUGUUUGGGGGUGCCUCUCGGGCCGUGUUCCCUCAUAUCGCCGGUUCCUCUCUCCGGCUGCCUCUGCUCUCCUAGCUGCCUCCACCUGUUCCCAUGGAAGGCGAUCUUUUCCCGCCAGGAUCUCCUCCCAUGUGUAGCAACCCUUGCCAUCCAAUACCUCGUCCCAUGUCCAUUCCUCUUUGCACCGCUGUUGCUGUUGCCCGUUACCACGCCGCUUGGUCCUGUUGUGGUGGGUGAUUCUGUAAGGGUUUUCCUGUGGUGAAGGAGAAGCGGACCAAAAUGCAGCGUGGUGGUUAUUCAUGUUCUUUAAUAAAGGAACUAGACAUGAAAUAACUAACAAAACAAUAAAUGUGCGAAAACCUAAACAGUCCUAUCUGGUGCAAACACAGAGACAGGAACAAUCACCCACAAACACACAGUGAAACCCAGGCUACCUAAGUAUGAUUCUCAAUCAGAGACAACUAAUGACACCUGCCUCUGAUUGAGAACCAUACUAGGCCGAAACAUAGAAAUACCCAAAACCUAGAAAAACAAACAUAGACUGCCCACCCCAACUCACGCCCUGACCAUACUAAAUAAAGACAAAACAAAGGAAUAAAGGUCAGAACGUGACACAACUGCUCAGCACAAGUAUGUGUGCGUGCGUGCGUGUAAGAGUGUGUGUGUAUGUGUGAAUGGGUAAAAGGUCAGAGGUUAGGUCAGACAUCAGGACCCAGGGAUGUUGCUUUGAUGUAAAACAAGUACUUUACAGCCAAAUGCUAGAGUCCCAUUGGUCCUAAUUUAGCUACGUCCUCUCAUAUAAUACUGUUGGGCGUUUGUGUAUGCGCUGCCUUGUCCACGAUUUUAUCAGUGUGGUAGGACCCUCCAGCUUAUAGAGAAAAUAUUCAGUCUCUCUCGACAGUAGGAAGAGCAAGUCCUCAGUGUCAGACACCCUUUAGCUAUGUCAUGUAUAUUGAUAUAUCUCUCCUUCUUCCCCUGCCUAUAGCUCUAAUUCUCUUCUCUGUCAGACAACGCUGCAAUAAUGCGCUUUCCUCUCUCCGCGCGCAAAGGCUGAGUCGCCCUCUAGCUCUCUAGCAAGCGUAUUCCUACGCCAGCGAUGUCAACACUGCCCCUGCUCCCAGUGAGCCCCCUGGCCUCAAUUGAACACAUUUAAUGUUUACCAUAAAAAGCGUGAAAUACAAUCCAAUAUCCACUGCUGCUUUUUUUCUCUCCCUCCGUUUUUUUUUACUGCCUUGAAUAUUCAUAAUUAAUCUGACGCAGCGAUAAUAAAUGUUACAUGCUUCCUUAUCAUCAGAAGGCCGGGAAAGGAAAGAAGGCUGUAUUCUCUCUAUCCCUGCCCGCCUCUCUGCCCGGUUUGGAUUAAAAAAAGACAGAUCCAAAUAAGACUGACCCCUCUAACCUCGUAUUUUAUGAGCGGAACUGAUAAUGGAAAUGAUUUACUCUGCAAACAGAGCUGCCUAUACGCCUGCAAGCACAGCUUCUCUCUCUCAUUCUAGUGCUGAACUCUCUCCUUCUCUUCUGCUCUCUUCCUCUGUCGUUCUCUCUUGUUUAUCCUUUCUAUCCUCCUAUUUCAACUACCCUUCUCUUUAUCUCAGCUUCCAUCUCUCUCUCUAACACACAGAUCAACCAGAUCCUCCCUCAGAGAUCCGCCUGGUCAGCUUCACCCAUGCCUCUGCAACUCUAGAAUGGAUCCCAGGCUUCGAGGGGGGCUUGGAGCAGAGAUUCCAUAUCAGCUACCGUUGGGAGCAAACAUCUUCAUUGUGACAGGCCUGUCCCCCGCCACUACAUACAACUUUUCUGUCAACGCACUCAACUCCAUGGGAGAGAGCGGCUACGCAGACAACAACUCAGUACACACCAUCACCAGCGAGGAGUGGGAAGGAGCAAUCCAGGAAGAAGAUCCCUUUGGGGAGGACACGAGAGGGUUGUCGCUGUAUCAGACCGUGAUCAUGGCGGUGGUUGGUGGGGCUCCGCUGCUGGCUCUCAACUGGCUGGGCUGCUUUCUGUGUCUGAGGUGGAAGAAGAGGCGUGGCCAGACAGGCUAAUCAGCACCCAAUCCAGUCCAGUGGGUACAGACAAAUCACUAUACGUCCAAUCCCCUCUCAGAGGCCUAAACCCUGCCCUACU